AACUGGGUCUAGACACAAGGCAAUAUGGCGGCGUACACGUCGUUGCGGUUGGUCGGGAGAAAAAUGGGUUUAAUCUCUAGGAAGAGUAUAUUUGCAGGGUUAAAUCAACAUAAGUAUACGAAUCGUGUUUUAUCUAUACAGAAGUCGACUACUGGAGGCUUUAUUCGGUACCAAAGUGACAAUACAAGCGGAAAAAGUUUGAACAACGAAACAGAUCGAAGUAAGCUUGAGAAUGAAUUGAAAAAUAGUUCUAAGAGUCAAGAAUUGGCACAAACGAAGCUAUUGAAAGUGGCAAUCAUAGGAGAGGCAAACAGCGGAAAGUCUACAUUAACAAAUUGCCUUAUUGGAGAGAAGAUUUGCGCGGUAACAGCUGUACCACAUACCACACGAAGACAGACUGUUGGAGUUUUCACUGUAGGGGAUUCUCAAAUAGUCCUCCUAGAUACCCCUGGGAUAGUAAACCUCCCCGAGGCGAGGCGGUUAAAAAUGACUCGGGAGCACAUGCGGGCUCCAAUCGAUGCUAUGCAUGAUGCAGAUCUCAUUGCUGUGUUAGUUGAUGCAGCAGACAGGAGAAGAAAUCAGGUUAUUCAUGAAACGAUCUUAACUUCCUUGGAGAAUCAUGUGGAUUUGCCAUCGAUUCUAAUCUUAAACAAGAUAGACAACGUUAAAACGAAAUCAGUUUUGCUGGAUAUAGUUUGCACUUUGAUGCAGGACCGUGAAAAGGAUGACUGGGGGUAUAAAAACGUAGGGGGGUGGAGUAAGUUUGAGCAUGUUUUCAUGAUCUCAGCGCAAACUGGAGAUGGUGUGGAAGAAAUCAAACAGUACUUUGCUGCAAAAAGCAAGCCUAGUGAAUGGCUGUUUCCUGCUGAUACACACACAGACCAGAACUUUGAACAAAUAAUGCAGGAGAUCUUUCGAGAGAAGCUGUUGCAGUUGUAUGAACAUGAAAUACCAUGGCAGAUUAGGCAGGUGAAUGUAUUGUGUGAAGCCAGGGAAGGCCAUUGGAGGAUACAUCACAAGCUGUAUUGUCACAGAAAAAGCCAACGUAGAUGUGUACUUGAAAAAUUAGACCAGUUGAGAGAUCUGGUUUUAGAAGACUUGGAAAAAAUUGUGGGGGAGCGUGUAGACUUAACUGUUGAUGUUUCUUACAGCGAGAAAGUUGGCUUUGACACUCCUCUUCACAGAUACUGAUCUAAACUCAAGAUGAAAUCAUCUAAAUGUUCCAGUAAAUGCAGCCAAAGCUGGCUAGAGAGGUCUUGUUUUACAAAAUAGGAACAAAAAUUAUACAGCUUCAUAAACAUGUCUAAAGGAAACAACUAGCCACUAUAUUUUCUCUUGAGUAUAGCCAGUGCUCACCCCACCACCCCCUGCUUUGUCAUAACUUUGUGUUGUUCCAGAAAAUAUCCAUAUGCUUCCCACAGAAGGUUUUUCGGUUAGAAUCAUCCCAACCCUCCAGAAAUUCCAGUUUGGCUUCAUAAUUUCUUUUAACAAUUUUGGCUUUUGAAACCCUCCUCCCUUCAGAAUUUCCAAUAACCUUCCUUAGGGUGGGUACGGGUAUUUUCUGAAAAUGCACCAUUUGUGUGGGUUUUUUUAAUUUGCUCUCACAAGAGAGAGAUUAGGGAGCUUAAGAAACCAUGACGGCAACACUGAGGACAAUGUCAAUUAAAAAAUGACUUUAUAUUUUACCUACAAAUCUCGUGGUACUCUAGAGUCAUUUAACUUGUUUACCACUGUCAAAGCCAUCAUGAAACUGAAUCUAGGACACACUGAUUAAGUCAAAAUAAAAAUUUAAAAAUCAGCCGUAGUGG